AUUCUGCUGCUAUAAUUCAAUGGUUUGGGAUGACAGCUCCACACUGCCUUCCCUUCCUCCAACAAGAAUUUGAUGGUUGAGAGCCGAUAAUAGAUGGACAACUCGCUCGACCAACCGCUCGUAGAGAUUUAUAAGCACGAGAGCGAUCAAUCCUACCUCAGAGACGAUGAUACUGAUGAGUCCCAUUGCAUAUACCUGAUGAAUUCGAUCUUAAGCGGCACUGCUCGGCUCAAUGUUCUCUUGCCAUCUGCCACCAUCCUUGCCUUCACUAUUUUCACUCCAAUCUUGACAAAUGAUGGCAAGUGCACGCCUUUGAAUCGCUGGCUGAUGGGCUCCUUCUUGGUCCUCUCUGCAGCUUCAUGUCUCUUCUUUACAUUCACCGACAGCUUUCGAACGGCCACCGGCAGGCUAUAUUACGGGAUCGCGACCUUUAGAGGCAUAUGGACCUUCAACGGCGGCAGGAAAAGGCCAUGCAUGCCUUCGGAUUACAGGCUAAGGUGGAUGGAUCUGUUCCAUGCGUCACUUUCCCUGUUUGCAUAUCUUACCUUCGCAGCAUUGCAUGGCGACGUCGUGGCAUGCUAUUACCCAGGAUUGCCUAAGAAGGUGACCAACGUUGUUCCUCUUGUGGUAGGGUUCAUCGUGAGUGUUCUGUUUGUCUUGUUUCCAUCGAGAAGAAGAGGAAUAGGGUAUCCUUUCCUUCUACAGAGAGACGCCUUCUACUCCAGACGCUGA